AUGAACGGCUACUACCGUCUCGCGGCGGCCCAGGCUACUCACACUGACUAUGCGAUAUUUCGGCGUUACAUGCCCCUGCACACUGUUGACCUUAACCGGCUGCAGGCCGAGAUCGCCUACCUCUGGGACGAUCUCCGUGGCCAGCUCGCCGCCGACCGCGCUUCUGGAGACGCCACUCGAGCCCGCUACGAAUGCGAACUCCGUCUACUCCUCGAGUCGAAGGACGUGAAAAAGCCAAAACAGCUUGUGAUCCUCGACCAGCUUCGUCAGAAGCUCAAGGAAUAUGCUGAAGCUCAACUUCGCUACCACGCUAUCCAGCAACUCCCUACUGCCGCCCCCGUCCACCAACAAGGACUGCGUGACUGGAUGCUGGACCAAGAGGGCGGCGGCGACUGCUUCCCCGACAUCGAGGGACUCCUCUGGGGUGCCGAGUAUGCCUACGACCUCGUCUCCCUGUCCGCAAAGAAUCAGAAAGAGGACGCAAUCACCAGCUUCAUCAGCAACACGUGCAUGGCACUCUACCACCAGACUCUUGGCCACAGAUGGAAACAACAGUCCAAAAUCCCUGACCCCUUUAGCGGCCAGCGGCAACCGACGCCCAUCUAUUCCUACUCCGACAAGGCCAUCGCCUCGGUCGUGGGGACGUGCAGCAAUCUGCUGGCCUCGAUGAUACCCGCCCUGGGCGCCCUCGCCUUGUUCUACAUCAAGUCAGCAGAGGCACGAAUGGGCGCCAUCGUCGGCCUGACCUUCUCGUUCAGUGUGGCUGUGUCCCUCGUGGCGGGCGCGGGAAGAACCGAGUGCUUCGUGGCCACGUCGGCAUUCGCGGCAGUUCUGAUGGUAUUUGUUGGCAACGAUGGGGCCGUCUGCAGUUGCUGA